UUUACAACAAACAGCUGCAAACUGAAACAGUUUCUUUGUUUUCGAAUUUCGAUGGCUAAUUCAGUUGGUUUUUCUUCCCACAGUUACUACUUAAUUCACAAGUAAGGUAUGACAGAAUUCCCGUUCUAUUUACUUAUUAAAACGUUAAUUGGCCUGUUGAUGGUUUGAUGACGGAGAUUCUCGCAUUUUUACACACGAUGUCAUGAUGUCGGAAGCCAGUACGUGCUCAGUUCUGUGCUGUCCAUCAGCGGAACACUCGCGUUCUCUGCGGAGCGUGUGUUUCUUCGAUUUCCCGCAUCCGAAUGAUGCGCGCUAUCCGAUCUGGACCGAGCGCACGCUGCGUCCAAAAGACUGGACUCCUUCUCCAACCAGCAAGAUUUGCAGCAGACACUUCCGUCCUUCGGAUAUCCUUACUUUGCGACACGCAGAUGGAUCCGGACGAACGGAGAAGCGACUGAAAUACGAUGCGCUGCCGAGUGUUUUCGAAGGCAUUCCCGAUUCCAUGCGUCCACGAACAGAUAUUGUGCCGCGCGCAGACAGCCCCGAAAUUAAUCCCCCCACUCAAUGCUUAACGAAGCGUCCUGCUGAUAGCUUGGACGAAAUUAUCUGCAGCAAUACUUCGAAAGAUUCAAAUGAAUACGUGCAAGCUUCGACUGUAGAUGCCGAAGUUCCACCAGAUGCACUGUCGAAUUUUAAGCAUGCGAAUCUGAAUAACCCUCAAAAUACGUAUGCGACUGAGCCUCUUAGUUUGUCAGCCGCGAUUCCAAACGCUAAAAAAGCCAGAUACGUUCCUCCUCCUGACGCCAACAGUUCAGAACAGAUCCGAAUUCGCCCCGCUUGUUCGUUAGCACAGAAGGUUGUCGAUGGACGACUGAUAGUGGCGGAGCACUGCGCCCAGCACAUUCCUGUGAAUUACCCUGCUGCUACGGAUGCCGACGAAGCCCGCAGGUGCUGUGUUCCCGGCUGUCCAAGCGGGCGCGAUAAUAAUUAUUUACAGGGGAGAAUUUAUUUCCACGCUUUCCCCAUGGACAAACACCUCCGAACCGAAUGGAUCAAGCGGGUGGCGUGUUCCCGCUUCUGGCAGCCAGCUUUGCAUUAGUUGUGUGCAGUCUUCAUUUUCUUUCCUCGGACUACGGCCUUAUGGGAACCACUCCUAGCCUGAAACCGAUAGCGAUUCCGUCACAGUUGGGAUGCCGAAAUAAAUUGAUGCGGAAGUUGAAUGGACCGUGCCCGUUCAGUCGGGUGUGUGCCAUCUGCGGGUGUUGGAGAGCGAUCAAGCAGACCACCUACUACAAGUCCGCAGCACGAUUGGCAUUUGUUCCGUUUCCUCAGAACCCGAGCGAACGAGAGCAGUGGUUGGAUGUCUGCACUGGAGUUUCGUCCGAGGAUGAACUGUACUCCUGUGAACGGCACUUUGUUCUGGCUGACAUACUGGCCCGGUUUGAGCAGGAUGGAGAAAUUAAAUUCGAAUUGCAGCGGAGUGACGGUAUCCUGCCACAUCCCAGCAAGGUAUUCGCUCCGUUACCCAGGGAAUACCGACCUCGACCGACACCGGUUAACAUACAGAUGGACGUUAGUCCAUUGUCUUUCCCUGUCAACGAUACCAGAAAUGCGUCGAUUUCAAACGUCUUCAGUGCGGCAGCCCUACAAAGCCCUGAUGCGGGAACCGCUAUGGCGACAUCUUCCUCUUUCGUAAUACGUUCUGCAACUAACUCUACCAGCCCUGGUGGUGUUACAUUCCUGGUGAUUCCUAAUCAGACUGCACAUCCGACUUUUCCUUCGAUUGUUCCUCCACUGACUAAACAGAUGCAACUUGGCCAUUCUGUAUAUCCUCACUGUGAAGUCCUUGCUGCUCCUGCGAAAACACCGCCGCCAGCUCAUUCAGAUGCUAAUUCAAUAAAACCAACGAAUAUAGCAUGUUGUGUACCGGGAUGCCAAAAUGUGUGCCAGUCAGAAGGGCAGAAUGAACUAACAGAGAAACCGAUGUUUUUCCGAUUUGUUGCCUUUGGUGAUCCGCGUUAUAGAACUUGGACGCAGCGGCUGCGGUACAGCCCAUCUUGGAUUCCGGAUUCCAGCGAUAGAAUUUGCAGUGAUCAUUUUGACGAGUCCGAGAUCGAAUUCAGGAAGGGCGAGGCGUAUCUCGUGAGAAAAGCUCUGCCCAGUCAACUGUCCUGCAUGACCUCAUUAUGCGGGUUUACCGCUGCAGAUAUGGCUUCCGGAGCGAUUGGUUGUGCUGUGUGCGGUCAACGCCCGCCAGCUGGCAGACAACCGAAAGCAUCAGAAAAGCUGAUGUUUUUUCGCGCGCCUAGUCCCGCCUUUGCUGCGCUAAGACGGAAAUGGGUGGACUUCUGCAACCAGCAGCGGUUCGGUAUCGAUUGGGCUUGCAUCGGGGCGGACACGCCAUGGUUUGUGUGCGAAAACCACUUCGGAGAGAAUUACAGAAAAGCGGCGGAAGGGUUAGGCUCUGUUGUUAGUGUAAGUGAAGCAAUCCCCUCCUUGCCCUAUUCCCUGGACGUCAACUACACCGACCCGAAAUUGACGACGUCUACCUCGCACUCUGGAAAUUCGCGGUUGCCAAAAGGCGUUUUCUGUUGCGUCCCGGGAUGUGGAACUAUCAUGAACUUGGGAGAUUGGGGGAAAGAAAAAUUUUUUGAUUUUCUUCCGCCCGGAGGCAAACGGUACGGUGAAUGGUUGCGCAUGGUGCGGUACAAUUCUUCCUGGGUUCCCGAGGGCCGUACCCGAAUUUGUACGGAACAUUUUCCUGCAUCGGAAAUCCGGCAUCUCACGAGGUAUUCUAAACCCGCUCUGCGUCUACGUAAUUCAGCUUUUCCCACUCAGCUGUCAUGCAUGGAAUCUUUGUGCACGUUCACACCGGCAGACAUGAUGGCGGGGAAGGAAGGCUGUGCUGUCUGCGGUCUUCAUCCAUUCACACCGAACCGCCGACUGAAAGCCUCGGAGAAGCUGGAGUUCUUCCGAGCACCAUCGGGUAAAAUUAGGGAGAAAUGGAUUGAUUUUUGCAAAUUACAAAGAAGCGAUAUUGAUUGGACUUCAGUUCCGGAAGAAACACCGUGGUACCUUUGUGAAAAUCACUUUGACACACACAACAAAGCGAAAUAUGCGGAGGAAGAAGCGGUUCCUUCCAUUUCAUUUUCCGUAUAUUCAGGAUUUUCUGGAUCUACUUCCGAUCCAACAGGCAAGCAGACUAAGGAAAAUGAAGAGAAGAAAACAACUAAACGUCAGCUGCCUGUUUGCUCUGUACCGGGAUGUCGGAAAUUUGCUUGGAAUGAAACGCCACAGGUACCACUAAAGUUUUAUCGUUUUUAUUCGAAGGGGAGAUAUAGGAAUAAAUGGGUAAAUCAUAUCCGAUGUGCCGUUUCAUGGAGACCUAAUGCACGCGACGUAAUAUGCAGUCGACAUUUCUCUCCGAAAAAUUUCUUCGAAGCAACUUCCGUUAAACCCAGAAGGAUGAGACGGAACGCACUGCCUUCUCAAAUAGAUUGCGUUGCUGAAUACCGCGCUCUAAGGAAUUCCGGUGAAUUAGUGGGAAGGGAAGCUGUCCAGACAUGCUGUGUGUGUGAAUGCCGGCGGCCGUUGGACGAGAAUGACCUUAUUCCAUCCGAGAGACUGAGCUUCUUUCCUUUUCCGGAUGACAAUAUCUUACGUGAUUCAUGGCUAACUGCUUGCCGCCAAUGGAAUCCCAAUUUGACCGUUUCGAAAGAAUCCGUUAUUUGCGAAAAUCAUUUCUCGUUGGAUGAUUUGACGCAAUUGCUGGAAGACGACAAAGAAGCCAGGUGGGUGCCUAAAAGCGAAGCGGUUCCAACGUUUGCAGAGCUGCCUGUGCCUGUGAAGUUAAAGAAAAACAACAGAGGAAUUAGAACCCGCAGCACUAAUACUAGUGGUUGGUGCACCGGCUACAAGUGCUGCGUGCCGGGAUGUGGGAAUCGUUCGCAAGUUGAGGGCAAGUUGGAGAAAAUUACCUUUCAUAUUAUUCCCGGCCUCGGAACGUCGUCCCGCUUCUGCGAGUGGAUGAACCGAAUUCGCUGUGCGAUUUCGUGGAAACCCGAUCGGCACUCUCGAGUGUGUAGUAAGCAUUUUUGCCCGGAGGAUUUUGUGGAGGAAACGUCAAAAGGAAAACAGCCGCGCACUAAUUAUUUGAAAAAAUUGGUGGUGCCUUCUAGACUGCAGUGCGUUGAAAAGUUUCGCAGCCCAGCGGAUUUGAGUGAACCGGUUGAGAUCAGUGCAGUACACAGGUGCUGUGUGUGUGGCUGGUGGCGCAGUACCCGCGAAAAAUAUGUCCGUUCGGAAGUGCUAACAUUUUUUCCAUUUCCUUCCGAUGAUGAUCAGCGCGAACAGUGGGUGAACAUUUGUCAGGAAUGGAAUCCAGAUUUCGUCUUCUCUGAGGAGUUGUUGGUGUGUGAAAAUCAUUUUCAGUUAGACGAAUUGACCUGGAUAUGUGUGGAUCAAGUGAACAAGCAGCUUAAAUUAAGAAGCGACGCAGUUCCUUCGGAAAGAUGUCUGCGUUUUCUGACCCCUUCAGACGAUACAAGCGCGCGAGAUGACGCUGUUGAAGGGGAAGCAGGAGCGUCGUUUGAUGGACUUUUUGGAUUGUCUUCGUUGAUUCGGGACGCUGACACGGCGGCGGAGGAUGCAAGCGAAGCUGGCAGUGAUACUGGCGUCUGCGAAGGAAGGGGUGAUGUGUCGGCGUAUGAGAAUGCCUGGGGUACCUAUAUGACGGACGACGAUAAUUCACUGAUGGAGGUCGACAACACAGACCUACCCGUAACGGACAUCAUAAAUUCCAUUUGUCCUCCUUUGAAGCGGAGGAGAAACGUCGAAAAUGGCCUUCCGGCCGACGAAGAUUGUACUAACGUGUCCGUUGGCUCCAUUCAUGGCAUGCCUUCAGCGCUGACGUUCGCCUCAAAAGAUGCAAUGGAGAUUUCAGCACGUUUUGCCUCGCCCGCGCGAUGUUCCACUGAUGAUGCUCUGAUGUGUAAGAAUGGAACUUCCUCAUCGGAAGCGGCUUGUGUGUCCCGUUUGCCGGGAGAAAGUGGGUCAUCGUUACCAGCGACUGCAGCUGAUGGCUACCGGCGGACUGACGAAAACUCUCGUGUACGUUCGAAGAAGAAGCGAACCAACAAAACGGGAAAUUUUUUUACCAGCAACAUCUGCUCAGAAUGCAAUACGAGAUUUCGGAAGGAAGGUAUGUUGCGUUUGCAUCUUCUGGGUCACACCGGGUACGCUGAUCCGCCUGAACGAAAGUGCCCUGAAUGUUUGAAACAUUUCGACGAUUUUCCCGCUCUGUUAAAACACGUGGACGAGCAUGGAACGCUGCUUGUGCAGUGCCCUGUCUGCAAUGAAACCUGCAGUUCGGGCGUUAUCCUCGUUCAUCUUCACCGUUACCAUCCCGGAUUCGAAAUCAAAAGAAGAAAACUACACCAGAAGCGUUUGAACUGUGAUACGUGCGGUUUGCGGUUUGCCCGUAACUUUCUCUAUCGUUUACAUCAGCUGGGUCAUCAGGACAAGGAGUGUGUCGACAAUAUAAAAAUCACACGGAAAUGUCCCGAAUGCGGUGAGAUGUUCGAGAGCCUGGAGAAAUUAGCCGUGCACGUGGAUGUACACGGAAAGCCAACGAAAAAAUGUCCGGUUUGCAACGGCUAUUAUCCUGGGAUGAGAAAACAUAUUGCACGUUAUCAUCCGCACUAUUUGGCCGAAACAAGUUGCUCGGAAUGUGGGAAGGAAUACACGAAUGAGUCGUCCUUACGGCUCCACCUGCGGGGCCAUCAGAUCAGAGCAUCUCUGGACAGCUGGACGUGCCACAAAUGUCGACUACAAUUUCCGAAAGAUAGUUUAUUUGUCUUACACAAGAACAGCCAUAGCACUGCAGCCUGUAACGCUAUUUCUGGCGCGCAAAGAUGUCCCGAAUGCGAUGAAGAGUUCGACGCGAUGGAUCCACUGCAUCAGCAUGUUCUCACGCAUGCUGUAGCCGCGCAGAAAUGUCCCGAAUGCGGCCACUGGUUUCCCUGUCAUCGUCUACGUAAACACAUGAAGUGGCACCAUCCUGCGCGAGCGCAUCUGUCUAUUUUGCAAGAGAAAGGGUACCGAACGCAUCCCGGAUACAAGGAAAAUUAUAAGUGUCUAAAAUGCGGUCAACGUUUCCGGUUACGCCGUCACUUGGAACAGCAUAUGCUGGGUCAUCGACACCGGGUUCCUUUCCAGAAAACCAUAUGUGUUCAGUGUGGUUUGCAUUUCCGCACGCACUUGUUGUGCCGCAUCCACAAAUAUGAGCAUGGUGGCAAAGAAAUCGCCGAAGAUAUACGCAACAGGACCACGUGUGAAGAAUGUGUCGAAGAAUUUGAAGACUUCGGCGCACUGGUCAAGCACGUCAGCGUUCACGGUCGGCGAACGGAGGAAUGUCCCGUUUGUAAGGGACGUUUUCAUGCGUUGAACAGCCACAUUCAGCGUCAUCAUCCCGAAUGUCAGUAUCGGUCGGGAAAAGACUGUGGACACGUUCCGUAUCGGUGUGGCGAAUGUGGAAAGGAAUUCGAAGCACUUGACGCUUUUACUGGACAUGUCGUUGCUCACCGCGCAAAAUCUGCACUGGUCGCUCGCACGUGCAGCGACUGCGGUCUGCGCUUCAAGACCGAUAUCGCAUGUCGGUUGCACAAAAUGCAGCACGGAAACGGUGAACCAACAGCGCUCCUUCGCGACACACGAGAGUGUCCUGAAUGUCAGCAAAACUUUGACAGACUGGAUGAAUUGGUUGAGCAUGUGAGCGAGCACGGGAGAGCUACGACAAAAUGCCCAGAGUGUGGAGACUGGUAUGCGGUUGUGACAGCCCACAUCCGCCGUGAUCAUCCGGAUUACCACCGUAAACUACUUGGGCUGAAUAAAUCCGGGAGUGAAAAUGAUCGCUCAGAUGAAGAUGUUGAUUUGAAACCAAAAAUACAAAUGCCCAGGAUGCAGCGAAGAAUUCGCUUCGAAGACUAGCUUGCCUUCGCAUAUUUUCGAGUCGCCGAAAUGAAAUACGGGAACCUGACAUGUCACGACUGCGAUCUGCGGUUUGACGUAAGGCCCUGUGCGACCUGCAGCGGAUGCAGCAUGCUGAUAAGGACGCUUUGAGCAAGAGUAAUUAAUCAAGCGGAAACACUAUAAAUCCAAAACAGUCUAGUUGGAUUCGCCGCAAGAGUUGUAAUGGCGACGUUUUGGCAACUUUUGUUCUAAUCGGACAAGAAUUGGUAUUACACUUUUGAUAUCCGCUUGUGCUUUGAUAUUUUUGUACAUAUUGAAUACUUUUCUGUGAUGACGUAAGCACUUACAUGACUGGUGCCCAAGCGAGAAGCAAGUGGGUUUAAAUUGAUGGGAAUCUGUUUUCUGUUUUUUCUAAGUGUGAGUUAUCACGUAGAACGGCUCUGCUGGGAUAAUGGGAUUAUCGUUUUGGAUGUGAAUUUCAAGGAUUAUUCUGUUUAUAUCCUUUUGUUGUUGCUAUUUUUU